UUGAAUUUGUCUAUAUCAACUCUUGAGAGCCUUGUGGCAAUAAUGCCCGAGACUGCUAAUUGCCCGAGUCGGGAGGCCUGGGAACACCGCUUUGACGGGAAGCCUAUCUCACCUAACCCCGCGAUCGCAGACCUCGAUAUUGAAAGAAAUGAGUUGGCCCACACCUGGAAGCGCUUCGUCAGUCUGCUCCUCCCGCAGGAUCAGGUCGAGUGGGAGGAGCGACCACAGACCGUGGCCGACGUGAAGACCCUGUUGGGAAAUAUCAAAGCUUUUUGGAUGUCCAGGCCACGGCAACGGGUGUUCAGUGAUUCUAUGGACUUGUGCGAUCGACUCCUGCCAACCAUGGACACCCACGAGUGUCUCUUAUCCACCCUCCCGGACGCCCUUUCAUAUACCCCUCUCUUUUAUGGUGUGCUGCAGUCAGUAAUCAAGGCAUCGUCACACUACCCACGAGUAAUGGAGGGGUUAGCCACAGCCUUGUUAAAUAUUCACGACGCCUUAAGUCUCCCCAGUGACCCCAGUCAGCUUCCGACCGCCGGCGAACAUAUCUUGAGAACCUACGCUUUUAUAUUCUUCUUCCUCACCGAGUUUAUGGACUGGUAUGUCCGGAGAUCGACGUGCCAGUUGCUCAAUAUCCACAGCCAGGACGUGUAUUCGGAAUUUCGUCAUCUGGUCAUCUACAUACAACACCAGGCACAGAAUUUGCCUUGGCAACACGAUAGCAUGGAUGUCGACGAGGAGGACUCGGACCCUUACAGCCCCCGGGCACUUUGGGAGGAGUCUCGACUCAGCCAAGUAGGACGACAAAAGAAAGACCGCCGGAUAGCGGCACAGAACACCAUCACCCGUCGGCUUAUCUGGGAAAUUCAACAAGACGCAGAGGAACGUGCUAGGUACAGGGAAGGCCGGGACAGGCUGCUGGCAGAGACGUUGAGUUCUGUGCGGGAGCAACUGGAAUCGGUCAGCGAGCAAAGUAGUGGCAUAGUCUGCAUGACUACGCCCCCCGCUCCUAAUAUAGAUACAUCAUCGUUCGAAUGGUCCAGAGGAUCCAAACGCCGCCUCGCCCGUCUCGAGAUUCAAAGUUCAUCCAAACAUCUCCAGGACUUCUUCGACAGCGAUGAUCAGAUUUGUGACUACGAACCGGAUGUUAAGGUCGUUGCCGACAGCAGUAUCGUUACGUCUUUACAACAGUGGGCCACCAGCCCACGGUCCCAAGCCCUAGCAGUGGGCGGCACUCAAUCGACCGAUUCCCCCAGCCCCGUAGCCAUGAUUUCAGCCUGCUAUGCCUCGUUCGCCCGCCACGCCCGAUUACCAGUCGUCUCUCAUUUCUGCGCCCUCCCAACGAAAGAGGUUAUAGGCCUGAACCUUCAAGAGCAAGGUCUCAUCGCACUGACCUACAGUGUGAUCCGGCAACUAAUCGACUGGCUCCCACCCGUGGUCGACAGUGACGCCGUGCUCGAUCUCAGCGCAGAGCGGUUCCGCCAACUAGACGGAACCCUAACUAGCUGGAAAGCCGCCCUCUCGCUAGUCGACACUCUCCUACAAUCCGCCCCGCCCCUGUUGGUCUUCAUAAUCGACGGCCUGGACACCAUCCAUGACGCAUCUACCGAUGGCGCAAUCCGCGAACUCGUCCGCGUCCUACUCACCCACACCCGCCGCCAGCCGCAAGGUGGUCUCAACGGCCAAGGUCCAACGCUCCUACUGAAGGUUCUGUUCACCGUAAUUGGACGCCCAAGCGCCCUCGUUGAGACUAUGUCCGAACAUCAGCUCGUGCUCUCCGAUAAUCAACCUGACCCCGCGCCCUCCGAGCCUGUCAUUACCUCUGAUCUCGGAGCGGUCAUGAUGAAUGCAUGA